CAGCACCUGAAAAAUGCAAGCACCAUUGCUUUCCUUUGCUUUGCAGUUCAACGUCUGAUUUAUGCUUUGAUUAGGAAACUGCUUUAUAUCUACAAUACAAUGCCGAAAACCUCAAAAGUUAUUACAUGCAAAGCUACGAUAUGCUGGGGGAUUGGAAAGCCUAUAACGGUGGAAGAGAUACAAGUAGACCCACCAAAAGCAACCGAAGUUCGUGUUAAGAUGCUCUGUGCCAGUAUAUGCCACACAGAUAUCUCAAGCACCGAAGGAUUCCCACAUGGCAAGUUUCCUCUAGCACUUGGACACGAAGGAGUUGGAGUUAUAGAGAGUGUUGGUGAUCAAGUCAAGAAUCUGAAAGAAGGGGAUGUGGUAAUUCCAACAUUCCUAGGCCAGUGUUAAGAAUGUGAGAACUGUGUUUCAGAAAAAACCAAUUUGUGUCUGAAAUAUCCUGUAAUGUGGACCGGUCUAAUGCCAGAUAACACUUCAAGAAUGUCCAUCCGAGGAGAGAGGAUAUACCAUAUUACAAGUUGUGCUACAUGGUCAGAGUACAUGGUUAGUGAUGCCAACUAUAUUCUCAAAGUUGAUCCAACCAUUGAUCGAGCCCAUGCCAGUUUCAUCUCAUGUGGCUUUUCAACUGGCUUUGGAGCUGCUUGGAAGGAAGCCAAUGUUGAAAGUGGAUCCACUGUAGCUGUUUUCGGUCUUGGUGCUGUUGGAUUAGGGGCUGUAAUUGGAGCCAAAUUGCAGGGAGCAAGUAGGAUAAUUGGAAUUGACACAAAUGAGAACAAGAGAGAAAAAGGAGAAGCUUUUGGAAUAACUGACUUUAUAAAUCCGGGUGAUUCUGAUAAUUCUGCUUCAGAAUUGGUUAAGGAACUAACUGGUGGAAUGGGUGUGGACUAUUCCUUUGAGUGUACUGGAGUUUCCACUGUACUCACUGAAUCCUUGGAAGCCACAAAAAUUGGAACAGGGAAAACAAUAGUAAUUAGUGUAGGAGCUGAACCUAUUUUGCCAGUAGGUCUUUUUGCCAUUCUGCAUGGUAGAACUUUGAAAGGUACUCUUUUUGGAGGGCUAAAAGCCGUAUCAGACCUUUCAAUUGUAGCUGAGAAAUGCCAGAAAAAGGAAUUUCCUCUUCAAGAACUCUUCACCCAUGAAGUCACAUUGGCCGAUAUAAACAAAGCAUUUGAGCUAGUAAAACAACCCAAUUGUGUCAAAGUUGUCAUCAAUAUGUCAUAGUAGCAAUUGUUUCUAGUGAAACAACCCAAUGGUGUGUCUCAGUGUGAGUGUUAUUUAUUUCAUUCUAUUUUCUCUGGAGCUUUUAUUUAUAUUUAAAAUAAAUGAGGUGGUGGUCCCGUAAAUUUCGAGUGGGCACACGUAAGUUUCUGAA